UGCCAAUAUACAGUUUAUGGGUCAUCCUGGUUUGACCAUGUCAGGGAGUGGUAUUUAAACAGAGACCAGUACAACAUCCUCUUCCUGACCUACGAGGAAAUGAUUUUGGACCUGAAAGGAUCAGUGAAGAAGAUCUGCAACUUCUUAGGGAAAAACUUGACUGAAGCCACCAUCAGUCAAGUUGUGGAAAAAGCUAAGUUUGAGAACAUGAAGAAGGACUCGAAAGCAAACUAUGAGCACAUUCCACCAGAGAAGUUCAGUGGGAAAUUCUUGCGCAAAGGUCAGAUUGGAGACUGGAAGAACACACUGACUGUUGCACAGAGUGAAAGAGUGGAUCAAGUCCUUCAGGAGAAACUUGGUGAUUUGCCUUUAAAGUUCAUCUGGGAAUAAGCAGAGCAGCUCUUCAGGGUCUCCCAGGAGUUUUAAAAGCAUUGAUUUCAUUCAUUGGAAAGCCUUAAAAUGUGUUUUUCUGCUAUUUUAAUUUUCAAAAAAACAACAAAUGAUUAAUGUUUGUUUACCCAAGAUUGAUUCAUGUUACGUAGAUCAUGAUUCCAGGAAUCAACAGUAAAAUGUAAAUCAGUCAACAUAUCUGACAUGUCUGAAACCAGUACACGGCACUUUGGAUUCUCAUAAUUUCUGAAUAGUCAUUAACUAUUGAUUUUUUUUAAUCACAUCACUUUUGACAGUAUGCCCUGACCUUCAAAUAGAAGAAAAUUCUUGAAAUAAAUGUACUUUUGCCAUGAAGAAAGUCUGACCUUAACCUACAAGUGAUUUCUCUUCCCAUGAGUCAGCAGCCAAGACAGAAGUAUCUUAUUCAUUUGUGUUGAAGAAUUAAAAGGAAAGGAUCCUACUUUGGUAACAAACAAAACAUUACAAAAAGAAAUGGUGCAAUUGCAGUGUUAUUUUGGUUAAAGUGUGGUUCAGCAUGACAUUCUUCCUUUAUUUAAUCCUAUACAGAAUCAAACCUCAGACCUGUAAAUGGCAUCCACUGAAUAUCAUUUAAUUAAUAAGUGAAAUACAGCUUGUUAACACAUGUUAGUGUAAGCUAAUAGUCUAUUAAAAAUAACAAUCUUA